CACCCCCUUGAAUUAGCAGUAUUUAAACAGAUCCAGAAACCAACUAGAAACCAGGAAGAAACUUGUAGGCAAACAGGUUUCUGGCCUUGCUGAAACUAAGAUUUUGCAAUGGAUUCUUUGAAUGCUGCAAACUCUCAAUUUGCCUUUGAUCUCUUCAUGAAGCUAUAUGAAGAACAUAAAACUGAGAACAUAUUUUUGUCUCCAUUAAGCGUCUCAGUGGCUCUGGCCAUGGUGUAUCUCGGUGCUAAAAACAACACUGCAGUUGAGAUGGCCAAGGUUCUGCAUUUUCACACGGUACAUGAUGUCCAUGCAAAAUUCAAGGAAUUAAUGGAUAACGUCAACAAACCUGAUGCUCCUUAUACUCUAAGAGUGGCCAACCGCAUAUAUGGAGAGGAAACGUACAACAUUCUCAGAGAAUUUCAAAGCUCCAGUUUGAAGUACUAUGGGGCAGAAUUGGCUCCUGUUGGUUUUAGAAGACAGCCAGAAGCUGCCAGGAACGAAAUUAAUACUUUUGUUGAAAAUAAGACAGAGGAUAAAAUCCAAAAGUUGAUACCAGCGGAUGCGAUUACCCCUCAGACAAUUCUUAUUCUUGUAAAUGCCAUCUACUUUAAAGGAAAGUGGGAGAGCAAAUUUAAUGAAAAAGAUACGUACGAAGCCCUCUUCAAGCUGAACAAGAAAGAGACCAAAUCAAUAAAUAUGAUGACCCAGAAGGCAAGUUUUAAAUUUAGGCAUAUUGAGGAACUGAAAGCCAGUGUUCUUGAGCUUCCUUAUGAGGAGAACGAGCUGAGUAUGGUCAUCCUACUGCCUGAUGGCAUCAACGACAGCACAACUGGACUCGAACAGCUUGAACAGGCACUUGCAAACAAUUCUCUGCUUAAAUGGAUUAACCUGGAAAAUAUGAGAAGAAGGAAGGUUGAAGUUCAUCUGCCCAGAUUUAAACUGGAAGACCAGUUUCAACUUGAAGAAAUACUUCCAGCAAUGGGAAUGCGUGAUGCCUUUGAUUCAUUAGGGGCUGAUUUCACUGGCAUGUCUGAGAAAAGGGAUCUCUGGUUGUCAAAGGUUAUUCAUAAAUCCUUUGUGGAAGUUAAUGAAGAGGGCACUGAAGCAGCUGCAGCUACAGCAGCAAUAAUGACCCGCACUCUAGCAGUCAACAUUACACCCACAUUUGUAGCAGAUCACCCCUUCCUGUUUUUCAUCAAACACAACAAAACACAGAGCAUUUUGUUUAUGGGUCAAUACACUUCACCAGUGGAUGAGGUUGUGGAAAGUGGAGACGGAGGCAACAUGACACAGCAGGUCCAAAGCUGCUUCACACAACAAUAUCAAAAGGUGCAAAGGGUCAACUUCUGAUUCAAGUAAAUAUAUUGCAUUACACACAUAUAGGGAAUUUCUCAAUUCCAAUUGGCAAAUGGGAACUAUUUGGUAUUGGGCUGAUUUAAUUUACAUAAGGAUGACAUAUCUACCUUCUUUGUUUAAGAAGGAACUGCAAAUGCUGGAAAAUUGAAGGUAGACAAAAAUGCUGGAGCUCACUCAGCGGGUGAUGCAGCAUCUAUGGAGCGAAGGAAAUAGGCGACGUU